AAAAAAAAGAAGUCUUUAUCCUUUUCAAUCAAAGAUUGGUGGACAUUUUGGAUACAUCUGGUGAUAUGCAAUUUCCUGCUAUGCGACGCUUAUCGAUUGCUACAGCACAUGCCUUCAUGCUGGUCUACGCUAUAACAUCCGGCCAAAGUUUUCAAUGCGUUAAACAAUGCUUCGAAGAGAUACGCGAACAACGGGCGGACUUUCAGGAUAUACCCAUAGUAAUAGCUGGAAAUAAAUCGGAUUUAGCAAAAACACAUCAGGAGGUCAAAUUAGAAGAAGUCACUGACUGGGUAUACUGUGAGCUGCCACGUUUAAGGGCUAAAGCACUAGAAUGUUCAGCGAAAGAAGAUUACAACGUGACAGAGCUUUUCAAAACAUUGUUGUCAUUGUCUCGUUUCUUGCCUGUGGGCGGUAAUAACGACAGCACUAGUGGUCUUAAACGCCGUUCAUCAGCUUAUGUUAGCGCUUCCUCUAGUAGAAAUAAAAUUCGUAAUGCCGGUCCAUCUAUGUCGAGUGAUAAAAAAUCCAGCCUUGCCGAAGCUGUUGAUCCAGCCGCUACCAGUGACAGCAAACUAAAACCACGUUCAAGAUCCUUGAUACGACGAGCAUCUCGUAAAACAAAACAACAAAUUAAUAAUGCAUCGGACGAUUGCAGUUUACAAUAAACUGGCAGUAAUAGACAACAUACACACACACACACCCACACACCCACAGAGAUUGAAUGAUGCAUGGAUUGUAUGACGGAUGUAUAGAUAUAUCUGAUUAAAGAAAUCUGAUUCGAGUCCUAUUAAUGCACUGAUUGGACGGAAAGCAAGUAAAACAAUGCAAGAAAAGAAUAUGAUAAUAAAGUGAAAAGUAACAACAGAGUGAGAGCGCGAGAGAGAGUGAGAGAUGGGUAACCAGAGGGAACGAAAGAAACUGCGAGCAAGCGAACGACAACGUGUAACCGAACGCAUGAGAGAGAGGAAAAGAUAGAGGAAGAGAGAAAGAGAUACAAGUUUUAAAUGUAUAGUCUAAACAUUUAAUGGAUUAUAGUUACAUUUUGUAUGUAUUUAACUAAAAAUUUAUAAUAAUUAAAAUGAAAAAAAUAAAUAAAUAAAUAAAAGAAAAAUCAAAUACAAACUUAUGAGAACAGUUUUCCUGUUCAUUUCUGAAAUAAAGAAAAAGAAAAAAAAAUUUACUUAUACUCACUCGUAUAU